AUUUAAUCGACAAUGACACCAGCGGGAAAAUCAAAGUUAUCGAUAGCCAGAUCGAUUGUUUUCCAGCUCUACUUCCUUCUUUUUCUUUCUUUUCUUUUUUAGCAGGCUUUCGGAAAUAGAAGCCAACAAUGGGUCGCGUCAUUCGUGCACAACGUAAAGGUGCUGGGUCCGUCUUCAAGGCCCAUGUCCACCACCGUAAAGGUGCCGCUAAAUUGAGAUCUUUGGAUUUCGCCGAACGCAAUGGCUACAUUCGCGGUGUUGUCAAGGAAAUCAUCCACGACCCUGGCCGUGGUGCUCCCUUGGCUGUCGUUCACUUCCGUGACCCCUACCGCUACAAGAUCCGCAAGGAGCUCUUCAUUGCUCCCGAAGGUAUGCACACUGGACAAUUCGUCUACUGCGGUCGUAAAGCCACCCUCCAAAUCGGCAAUGUAAUGCCCAUCGCUACCAUGCCUGAAGGUACCAUCAUUUGCAAUUUGGAAGAAAAGACCGGUGAUCGUGGCCGUUUGGCUCGUACUUCUGGCAAUUAUGCUACCGUCAUUGCACACAACCCCGAUACCAAGAAGACCCGUGUUAAGUUGCCUUCUGGUGCCAAGAAGGUUGUACCCUCUGCCAAUCGUGCUAUGGUUGGUAUUGUUGCCGGUGGUGGUCGUAUCGACAAACCUAUCUUGAAGGCCGGUCGUGCCUACCACAAAUACAAGGUUAAGCGUAACAGCUGGCCUAAGGUUCGUGGUGUUGCUAUGAACCCCGUUGAACAUCCUCACGGUGGUGGUAACCAUCAACAUAUUGGUAAGGCUUCCACAGUCAAGCGUGGUACCUCUGCUGGUCGUAAGGUCGGUCUUAUUGCUGCCCGCCGUACUGGUAGAAUUCGUGGUGGUAAGGGUGAUUCCAAGGACAAGUAGAUUGCUAAGUAAAAUGAAUAUCAAUAGAUUUGAUAUAAUAAUUGUCAUCGUUAAAAAUCAUUUGUUGGUGUACAUUUCCAUGCUAUUGACACCGCUACGGAAGAUGAAUGUGAAUUUUUUUAUUUAAAAAAAUGAGGAUAAAUAAAAUCUGUUUUAAAACACUCUAA